AAAGAUUCGACCAUUUUCGACCAGACUUGCCAAUUCACCAAUUGCUCGUCAUCUUUGCAAAAACUUUCACUACAUAAUAUUCUAGAGCCAUGACAACUGCUCUCGCCGCAUACCGCCAUCUGCUGCGCGCAGCAGGAGUUGCCUUUAAGGGAGAUGAGCGAGUCCUCACUGCGGCUAGGCAGCAAAUGGCCGAACUGUUCCGCCAAAACGCAUCUCUGCCUUCGGACCAGCGCGAAAGGGCUGUCAAGCACGCCGAGGAGGUUGCAUCUUUCUUGAAACAAAACCUGGUCCAAGGCAGGAGGACCGAUGAUGGAUCGUACAAGCUACAGAUUCACGACGAGACGGAACGUGGAGACAACGACACCAUAAGGCUGGGAAACAAGAACAUCAAGAUUGACGGCAAGACGUGCAAGGAUACCUAAAGGUGUUUUCGUUCCGAGAUAUCUGCUGGGGUGAGAAGCUCGCCGUGUGUUCAACUUAGAUCCCUUCGGCAUACUGUACAUUAUGAUACUGUCCAUGAUACCCAUGUAUAAAUGACUGUACAAUCAUCGCCCAGUCAUUGAAACUUAACCUUGGUUGAUUUUCCCUGUAUAUAUUUAGUCCUCUAACGCCAUAUGCUAUGCCAGUGUGUUUUUGAACGUGGUCGGAAAACUAGAAGUGGGUGUUUAAUUUCCUGCUAGACUUGCAUAUUGCACGUCUUCGGCCCCUGGAGGAGCAGCCACAGGCGCACUAUCGUCUGCUCCUGCAACACCUCCAGCAUAAUCAUCAUCGCCACCGCCCUCGCCAUGACGGCCUCCCCUUCCACCAGCACCACCUCUUGAACCUCUGCUGGAAGCCCGAGUGAAGGCGCUACGCCCAUCCCUCAACAUCUCCAGCCUCUCCUCCCUGUUCAUGGUGCCAACCGCCUUGGGUUUACCCCAAUGUACCCUAAGCGGACACCCUGCAAUGACCGCGCGGCCCUUGCACUCCAUGGCCGCAUUCUCGGCCGCUUCACGCGUUUCGUAGUUGACAAACGCGCAGUGUGACAUGUGUGAGCAGACCAGCGACUUGAUCUUGCCAAAAGUCUUGAAAUGAUCGCGGACCUUGUGCUCCGGCAAAUCGUCCUCGACGCCGGUGACAAACAGCGAGGUGACGGUCUUGUCGUCUGGUGGGAGCCAAUCCUUCUCGGUUGGUGGGAGUUGUGCCGCGCUGGGGAAUGCUCCACGUCGCCCUCCUCGACCGCGCCCACCACGAGAGCCACCACCGCCUCGCCCAGUGUACGCUUCCGCCGCACGAGAAUCCCGCGUCCGUAUCGGGCCUGGGCCACCAACGCCCGCUCCAACCGCCGGGUCGCCUCCAGUCCUGCUUGGUCCUCCGCGUCCCGAGAUCAAGUUACCGUCCUCAUCCACGCCCCUCCCUUUCCUGAAAUAGGGUUUACUCUGCGCAAGCCGACGCAGUAGCUCCCGCGCCUUGUCGUCCGUCUUCUCGUACUCCUCAACGCCUGCCUUGCCAUCCUCGAUGGCCUUUUCGUUGUUCUGCGCAAAGAACUCUCGGUUGAUCUCGCUCUGCGGGCCGGGCGCGACCAUCUUGAGCGCGGCGUCUCUGACCACGAUCGGCAGUCCAAAUGAUAAAUCGAGCAUGCAGCCUUGGCAGCAGUUCUUUAGGCGCGCGCAUGUGAGGCAGAUGUUGGUGCGCUUCUUGCGGCCGUGAGCACGAUCGGCCGACCAGCUGAAGACGGUAAAUGGACGCGUGCACAGUUUGCACUCGGCGCCAUAGUCUUCCUUCAUCAUCUUGACGUAUGGAUUCUCUGGUAGACAGGACUCGCAGACGGAAGGGAAGUCGGUCGAUUCCCAACCGGAACGGUUGAGGUCUUGUUUUAUUUGUGGAGGCAUUGUAGCUUGAUUUGUUUUGUGGUGAUCGCCGCAGGUAGUCAAUGAUACAGGAUUUUCCUGCUCUUAUUUUCGAUGCGACACGCUUUUCUAAUCCUCAACGAGGCUGGCAGACUCUACUUGGUAGACACAAAUGCUCGUGGUCGCGAUAGAGAAGUUUGGGAAUCGUAU